ACGAUACUCGUAUCCGAGUCCGUAACAUAGGUUAUUUGUUAACUUGGCGAAUGAAUUUAUUUUUGAGUCCAUGAGAUAUCUCUCUAUAUAAAUAGAAAGGUUCCGAGAUUCCAAAUUGCAAGCUUCAGGGGCAAAUCAGGGUUCGAAAAGAUUUCAGCGGCCUGCAGUGUUUUUAGACUUUACCCUAGCCGCCGCUGUCUUCUCUUUCCUGGGCCCUGCUCUGCCCCACGCCGCCUUCCUCAGCCCAGUUCCAACAUUCCUCCGUCGUUCUUUCUCCUCCUGUUCGUAUAAAUAUCUGAAAUCUUUCACUCUCUCACAGCAUUCUUUUCUUCUGACAUUAAAAACAGAUCUCUCAAAGAUCCGGUCUUGCUUGCUUCUGUGAUUCUAAGAACUGAAUGCCCAUUUCAUAUUGAGAUCUAAUCUGAAAGAUUUAUCAGUGUUCUUAGGAAUUUGGUUGGGAAAUUAUAAUGGGUCUGAAAAGUUUUGUUGAGGGUGGAAUUGCUAGUGUGGUUGCCGGCUGUUCGACGCACCCUUUGGACCUUAUUAAGGUUCGGAUGCAGCUUCAAGGUGAACAAGGUCUUUCCAAACCGGUCCCUCAAGUUGUACAUCUCCGGGCUGCCGGUUUGCCGUAUCAUCAUUCCCAUUUGAUUACGUUCGUAGUUAACAAUGCCCAGCCCCUGUCUCAGGUUAAAUCGGGUCCCAUUGGCGUCGGGUUAAAGAUUAUGCAAACGGAAGGUGUCGCCGCCUUGUUUUCCGGCGUCUCCGCCACCGUACUCAGGCAACUACUGUAUUCCACCACCAGGCUGGGAUUGUACGAGGUUUUCAAACAGAAAUGGUCUGAUCCCAUAACAGGGCAUUUUCCCCUGAGUCAGAAAAUAGCCGCCGGUUUGGUUGCCGGAGGUAUUGGCGCCGCCGUGGGGAACCCGGCCGACGUGGCCAUGGUCCGAAUGCAGGCUGAUGGAAGGCUUCCGGUUUCUCAGCGGAGGAAUUACAAGGGAGUUAUGGAUGCGAUCACAAAAAUGUCCAGGGAAGAAGGCAUUGGUAGCCUCUGGCGAGGUUCAUCUCUCACAGUGAACAGAGCUAUGAUUGUCACAGCUUCUCAGCUUGCAUCAUAUGAUCAGUUCAAAGAAGCUAUAUUGGAUAACGGGGUGAUGGCUGAUGGGCUUGGGACCCAUGUGACGGCGAGCUUUGCCGCCGGUUUUGUGGCGGCGGUGGCUUCGAAUCCGGUUGAUGUGAUCAAGACUAGGGUGAUGAACAUGAGGGUGGAGCCGGGGAUGAAACCACCUUAUUCCGGUGCAGUUGAUUGUGCACUAAAGACAAUUAGAUCGGAGGGAGUGAUGGCUCUUUACAAAGGGUUCAUUCCCACAAUCUCCAGACAGGGACCAUUUACAGUGGUUUUGUUUGUGACACUAGAGCAAAUUAGGACAAUUUUGAAGGAUUAUUAAGCUUUUUGACUGAUUCUGUAAUCUGUAGGGAUCUUGACAUUAUAAUGACGAAAAUUUUGAAUUUUUUACAUGAUUGAUGAUUGAUCAUUAU